AUGGACAAUCUACACAAGCGUCGCCUGAGCACAGAGGAAUAUCAUAGUGAGCAAGGCUGCGAGUUUCCGCAGUUCCCGCAUGAUUCCACCGCUGAAGAAGAAGAAGAGGAAGAAGAAGAGGAAGAAGAAGGACAAGGAGAAGACAUAGAAGACAUGGUCAACUGUCCCACAAAUACACAGGCGUCCACAGAGCACGAUAUAGUGCCCAAUCACGCCGCUGCCUCCACACCUCGCCUCCCACCCGAAAUCAUACUUGCCGUACUCCAACACGUUCACCCUGCUCAAAUUCUAGAUCUUCGCUUGCUCUCCAGCAACAUCACGAAAGACAUGGAUACACAUUUUCUGUAUCACACGAUUCAGCGUGUUGAGUUAAUUAGCUACCUCAGUCCAAAAGAAGAGCGCCUCUUUAAGUAUACGCAUCUGGCUCCAAAGGAUUAUUGGGACUUCACCUUUGUCGAAGCGACGUUCGAUCGUAUGGAUGACCAACCUGACGGAAAAGCAGCGUGGGAGCCUGAUGGCGCGCAUUUCCGCAUAGACAAGGCUUGGUUUGAUACCUUCAGACGGAUUGGUGGUACGUUUGCGCUGGGAAACGCGUGGGGGGACCAUGUGAGACAGUGCCUCGAUCUUGAAAAUCCGCCACAGGUGUAUGGACAGCUACGUUGGUGCGUCAAGAUAGGACCUGCGGUUCUAGACUUUGGCAUUGAAGACAGAGACGAGCUCGACAUCGAGCUAGUGGAGCGUAAAAACAGCGACGAACCCGGCAACACCCUAUCCAUCCGCGUGAAGAACUGGAAGCGUAUGCUGAUGAACUUCUUCAGGGAAGAGCGAGUCCUCAAGACGGUGAUGGAGCAAACGAAAGACUAUCCAUACACCUACAACCACGUAGAAGACAGUCUGCGCGGCAUGCGACGCAAACUCUUACGCUCGAAAAUAGACGAGGAAGACCGCGAUGACUACGGAUACAUUUGGAUGUUCGACAACAUGACUCCACUCUGGAGCAAUUUUCCACCUUUGCGCGAGUUAUCCGCCAUGGAGGUUGCCGAAAACCACGCCAUUGAGGCGCUCAUGCUGCUCCGAAAAGAAGCAUCCAUAUCCAAACGCGUUCGAUUUUCUCUCAGAAAACUCGUCAAGGAGAGAACUGCCAUGUACGCGGACCUGCAAAAGUUGUGCCAGUUGUUCAACAAGUGGCAGGAAAAGGUGCUCGAUCUAUCGAAUCUGGGUGUUUCAACACACCGGUAUGAGGACUUGGAUCCUAAUCAUAUGACUUGGUCCAAGGACGUUGUAGAUCGCGAGUUGGAGUGCUUGAAGAUAUGGAAGGAGCAAAAGCCUCAGAUUGCGCAGAUGGUGGCAAUUCUGAAUGCGAACAAUGCUAUUGCUACGUUGGAUGAAGCUGCUGUUGACGAUAGCGGUGAUCUCCAAGGAAUUUAG